AUGUCUUCUCACUCCAUUUGUCCAAAUAAAUACAGUGAACUGCGAAAUAACUACAAACACUACAUAGAUUUGUAUACUGCUUUGUAUCAGUUAAAAACGGAAAAAGAAGAUGAUUUAAACUCAAUUUACAAUCUAAUUAAAGCAGAAUUGAUUGAUUCCAAGAAAUAUCUCCCUACAAAUAUGGUAAAAGAUAUUUUAGAUAUCAUUCCGUAUAAUAAUCGCUAUGCAAAGUCAUAUUUAAUUCUUGCUAAACGCGUAAUUGAUUAUUAUCAUGUCAAAGUGGUCAUCGAUGUUGAUGUUAUUUCAAAAUACCUGUUUUAUAAAGAAUAUGGAAUCAAAUUAGACAAUUCUUCGGAUUUCGAAAAAUUGAAAUUUGAAAAACUAGAUAUUCAUUCAGAAAAUACGAUUUACAGAGCAAUUAUGGAUAACGAUCUACAAAAAUUCAUCUCAUUCACUGAACAGAAAGGAUUUUAUAAAAAUAAAAGAAUUCUAAGUAAAUUAUAUCCAUUAAGUUUCGAAGGAUUUUCAUUGCUUGAAUUAUGUUGUUACCAUGGAGCAGUUGAUUGUUUCAAGUUAUUAAGAACAAAAUUUAAUUCAGAAAUAACUGAAACAUGUCUUAGAUUUUCAUUUUUAGGAGGAAAUCAAGAGAUCAUGAACGAAUGUUUGAAAUAUCAAAAACCAAAUGAAAAAUGUAUGAUCCAUGCAAUUAUUUCACAUAACAUUGAUUUUGUUACAUUCUUGAUGAAUGAAUACAAUAUAGAGAUUGAUUUAAAUGAAUGCGGAUUUCAUAAAAAUCUUGAAGCAUUUUUAGUUUAUUUCGAUCAAACUAAUAAUAUUAACAAAUGCUUUCUUUAUUCAUUGUUGUUUAGUAUUCCAUCCCUUUGUGAAUAUUUCCUUUCACAUGGUGCAAAUAUCAAUGAAAAAGAUAAAUUAAGAAGAACUGCUCUUUUCUUUGCAGCAUGUACAAAUAGUAAAGAAACAGCCGAAGUUCUUAUUUCACAUGGUGCAAAUAUCAAUGAAAAGGAUGGAGGUGGGAGAACUGCUCUUCAUAUUGCAGUAGAAAAUAAUAAUAAAGAAACAGCCGAAUUUCUUAUUUCAAAUGGUUCAAAUAUCGAUGAAAAAGAUCAAUAUGGAAAAACUGCUCUUUGCCUUGCAGCAAUUAGAAAUAGUAAAGAAACCGCUGAACUUCUUAUUUCACAUGGUGCAAAUAUCAAUGAAAAGGAUGGAAAUGGGAGAACUGCUCUUUGCUUUGCAGCAGAAAAUAAUAGUAAAGAAACAGCCGAACUCCUUAUUUCACAUGGUGCAAAUAUCAAUGAAAAAAUAAAUGCAGAAAAUAUCAAAAUUAAAUAA